AUGCACUUGGAACGGGACAAGGUGUACGACGCCCCCGAGGGAGAGGUCUGGAGCACGGUGAAGCCGGCGUCGACACACAACAGCGCGCCCAAGAGACUCGCGCAGCGAUGGAACCACCGAUGGAGCGAGGAGAGCCUCACGCAGGGGGUAUCCCCGCUCAAGGACUCGUCCAAGACGGUCAACGCGUCGGCAACGAUCCCCCUGGGCACGGGCAGGCCAACGGCGCUGUACUACCCGUGGCAAUCGGUCAGCAUGGCGGGCACCGAGGCGAGCCGGCAGCCGCGGGGGCUGAAGCCCACGAGCGCCGCCAACAUGACGUGCUCCAAGGGCGAGGCGGCGUUUGACCUCUCCUCGGCGCUCAACUACGGCGAGCCCUCGGGCUGGAGCCAGCUGGUGUCCUUCUUCCGCGAGACGACGGGCCGCGCGCACCGGCCGCCGUACGCGGACUGGGACACGACGCUGACGUGCGGGUCGACGUCGGCCGUGGACCUGGUGCUGCGCAUGUUUUGCAACCGCGGCGACUGCAUCCUCGCCGAGGCGUUCACGUACCCGGGCACGCUGAUGGCGUCGCGGGCGCAGGGCCUGCGGACGGUGGGCAUCGCCAUGGACGCCGACGGCCUGGUGCCCGAGGCGCUGGACGCCGCGCUGCGCGGGUGGGACGCGUCGAGCGGCCGCAAGCCGUUUGUGCUGUAUACCAUCCCGUCGGGGCACAACCCCACGGGGGUGACGCAGUCGGCGGCGCGCAAGAGGGCCGUCUACCAGGUCGCCGAGCGGCACGACCUGCUGAUUGUCGAGGACGACCCGUACUUUUUCCUGCGGCUCGGGCGCGGCGGGGGAGAGUCGCUGCCGACGUCGUACCUGUCGCUCGACACGGCCGGGCGCGUGGUCCGCGUGGAAUCCACGUCCAAGAUACUCGCGCCGGGCCUGCGCUGCGGGUGGCUCACGGCCAGUAGGCAGGUGGUGGACAUGUUUGGCAACUUUGCCGAGGUCGGGCCCUCGUCGCCCGCGGGGCCCUCGCAGGCCAUGCUGUACAAGCUGCUCGUCGAGAGCUGGGGGCCGGAGGGCUUCGCCGGCUGGCUGGACUACCUGUCGGGGGAGUACGGGCGGCGGCGCGACGUCAUGGUGGCCGCGUGCGAGAGGCACCUCCCGCGCGAGGUGUGCGCGUGGACGGCGCCGACGCACGGCAUGUUUCUGUGGGUGGGCGCCGCGCUGGCGAGGCACCCGCGCUACCAGGAGUCGGGUGCGCGGGACCAGGACCGGGAUGCCGGCGCCGACGCCGACGCGGAGCUGUGCCGCGCCGUCGAGGACGGGAUCUGCGCGCGCGCCGAGGCCAAUGGGGUUCUGGUGGCGCGGGGCAGCUGGUGCCGCGUCGGGGGCGGUGCGGAUCGCGCCUUUUUCAGGAUGACGGUUGUGGCGACGGCCGAGGCGGCGGAUCUGGAGCGGGGGGUUGCGCAGUUUGGACGGGCGGUGAGGGACGAGUUUGGGCUGGGGUGA